ACAAAAUAGGUUUCUUGAUGGCACACAAGGAACUGUGAGGCCCGUUAAAUAGCAAGAGAGAGCGGUCGGCGAUUAGGUACCAAUUGAGCAAACGUAACGUUAAUGGCAGAGGAACAUGUUUACGGUUACAAUCCGACGGUCGGAGUCGAUGCCGAUUCCAGAGACGAAACGAGCAAGUUGAGGUUAAAAGUAAUCGCUGGACAUCACUUAGCUAAGAAAGAUAUUUUUGGUGCAAGUGAUCCUUAUGUACGCGUGGACUUGAACACAAUAAAUGGCGAUCAAACAGUGGAUUCUGCACUUACAAGAACUAAGAAGAAGACAUUGAAUCCUGUCUGGGAAGAAGAGUUUAUAUUUAGGGUAAAACCAGUAGAACACAAAUUGGUCUUGCAAGUUUUUGAUGAAAAUAGAUUGACAAGGGAUGAUUUUCUUGGUAUGGUUGAGUUAACAUUGAUUAAUUUACCAAAGGAACAAGAAGGUCGCUCUAUUCCUGCUAGGAAUUAUGUACUUCGUCCACGUAGUAAUCAUUCCAGUCAGCGGUCACGAGUUAAGGGAACGUUGGAAUUGUAUCAUGCAUACAUUUCUGACUCAUCUAAUAUUGAAAAUGACAACGGAGACGUAUCUGAUUCAGGCGGAUGGGAAUUAGUACAGCCAGAGAAUAACAGUCCAGUAGAGCAAAAUACAGAUAUUACGAUAGUUAAUAGGCCAUUACCACCGGGAUGGGAAGAAAGACAGGACGCAAAUGGCCGGACUUACUAUGUUAAUCAUAUAGCGCGUUUUACACAAUGGGAACGACCAGAACCAGAUACAACAGCGGCGAGUGGAAUUGUUGAACAACGUAAUUUGGAUACAGCAGCUACUGAAUUUCAACGAAGAUUUCAUAUUAGUGCUGAUGAUGAAGGUAGACAUAGGAACUCUGUAGUAAAUCAGUAUGUAGAAAUUUGUGCAUGUGUGUGUAAGGAUGGUGAAGUUCUACUUCGCGAGGACGAUGAAGAUUCGGAAGCAAGAGAUUGUGAGGGUGGGGAUCAUAGGGGAGGGGGUAUUGGGGAUACUUCUUCAGACUCCGGACGUUCUGUCGAUCAACGUGGCUACCUUAGCGAAUCUGAAGAACAGACUGAUGAUAAUAUCGACAGUCCGGCUGGUUCGAGACGUUCAUCAGAGCAAAUUGAUAGUCCUAAACCUACUCUUCCUGUGUCUAAUGAUGAAGGAUUGCCUCCUGGUUGGGGUAUGCAAGUAGCACCUAAUGGUAGAAUAUUUUUUAUUGAUCAUAAUGAGAGGGCGACAACCUGGAUUGAUCCCAGAACGGGAAGACCAAGCUCUAUACCUAAUAAUAUUGCACCAUCAACAACAUCAAGAAGUGAUUUAGAUCAAUUAGGACCUCUUCCAGAAGGAUGGGAGGAAAGAGUACAUACAGAUGGACGAAUCUUCUUUAUAGAUCACAAUACAAGAACAACACAAUGGGAAGACCCGCGUAUGUCUAAUCCUCAAAUUGCGGGCCCGGCUGUACCAUAUUCAAGAGAUUACAAGCGUAAAUAUGAAUAUUUGAAAUCACAAUUGAGAAAGCCUAAUAAUGUUCCUAAUAAGUUUGAGAUAAAAGUUGGACGAAAUAAUAUUUUGGAAGAUUCAUAUCGUAUUAUAAGCUCUGUUAACAGAGUUGAUAUUCUAAAAACAAAAUUAUGGGUAGAAUUUGAAGGAGAGGUAGGCUUAGAUUAUGGUGGCCUUGCAAGAGAAUGGUUCUUCUUAUUGUCUAAGGAAAUGUUUAAUCCAUACUAUGGACUCUUUGAAUAUUCUGCAACUGAUAAUUAUACACUGCAAAUUAAUCCUUGUUCUGGUGUAUGUAAUGAGGAGCAUUUAAAUUACUUUAAAUUUAUUGGACGUAUAGCAGGAAUGGCUGUUUAUCAUGGCAAGCUUUUGGAUGCUUUCUUUAUUCGACCAUUUUAUAAAAUGAUGUUGGGUAAACCAAUUGAUCUGAAGGAUAUGGAGAGCGUUGAUUCUGAAUAUUACAAUUCGCUUUUAUGGAUUAAGGAGAAUGAUCCUAGUGAAUUAGAACUCACUUUUAGUCUUGACGAAGAAAGCUUUGGUCAUACAUCUCAAAGAGAUUUAAAGCCAGAUGGUGCUAAUAUUCCUUUGACCGACGAAAAUAAGGACGAAUAUAUAAGUUUAGUUAUACAGUGGCGGUUUGUAUCUCGUGUGCAGGAACAAAUGAAUGCCUUCUUGGAAGGAUUUAACGCUCUUAUACCACCAACAUUGGUAAAAAUAUUUGAUGAACAUGAACUGGAAUUGUUAAUGUGUGGUAUACAGCAUAUUGAUGUUAAAGACUGGAAACAAAAUACUUUAUAUAAAGGAGACUAUCACGCAAAUCACAUUGUUGUUCAAUGGUUUUGGAGAGUUGUUUUGUCAUUUAGUAAUGAAAUGCGUUCUAGAUUAUUACAGUUUGUAACUGGUACAUCACGUGUUCCAAUGAAUGGAUUCAAAGAACUUUAUGGCAGUAAUGGACCGCAAUUAUUUACAAUUGAGAGGUGGGGUACACCAGAAAAUUAUCCAAGAGCUCAUACUUGUUUUAAUCGUAUUGACCUUCCUCCGUAUAAAAGUUAUCAACAACUCAGGGAUAAGCUAGUUAAAGCAAUUGAAGGUUCUCAAGGCUUUGCUGGAGUCGACUAGCACGAAAUA